GUGAUUUAAGGCAGUUGACUAUAUAAAUUUUCAGCUUCCCUCCUAAUACCAAGUGGAUUUUACAAGCAUAACUAACAGCUACUAGAUUAUGUCGUCAUCGCCUCCAUACAUUGCAGCUAGCAUGACCACUGCCCAUGGCAACCGAGCUAGGAGUGAUGUCUGCAGUCUUUUUGUGGACGAAAUCCCAUCUUUUCAGAGCAUACCUUUCAAUGUGUGACAUCACCAACUUGGUAAAUGGAAUGGAUUCAAAACACAUCUAACAGCUCAAAACUGAGCAUUCAUGAGGUGCUGUGGACCAACAGAAGCAGGAGAAUUAUUCAACCGCAAACUAUCACAUCAGAGCUGGGGUCUGCAUCCCACACUACUCUCUUGCCAUCGAACCUAGGGACAACUGUGCUUCAAUGAAAAGUAUGGCAGGAGGCCAUACCAGGAACAACAUCAGAUGGUAACAUAAGAGGUAUCAACUAGUGAAGCUACAACAAAGGACUAUUUGUAAGCCAAACAGCAGCAGCACCAACAUGUGACAGACGGAGCUAGGUAAUGUCACAGCCAAUGGAUCAAAUCAAAAUUCUAGAGUUCGUUCAUAUCCAAUUGUGACUAAUGGACAGUGAAAACAACUGACUGGAGGAGGUGGAUGCACAACUGUGUUCCCUCAACGUUGGGAAAGAUAACACAAAAGGCUAUGCUGAAGCAUUCUCAGAGUGAAUGAUCAAUUUUGGCAUCUUCCUGAGGUCCCCAUCAUUACUAAUAAUUUGAUUUAUUCCAUGUGAUAUCAAGAAUCCGCAGGGGGCCCUGAAUAUUUGGAAGGCCAUGGCCAGCAUCUUGACAAUUGAACACAAGUUUCAUCUUUCGGCUGUCUCACCAAGUUGGCCCAGUGCAUCUGCAACAUCAGCAUCUCCCCAACAAUAUGAAAAUUGCCCAGGUAUUGCUUUCCAUAAAAUCUGUCAGCUGUUACCCAUGAGUCGUGCACAUGAUCAACAGAAAAGCGUUGGAUGGUGUCAGCAACUGUACUAUCGAGCAGUACUUGAUCAAAGGAAUCCUCACCUUGAGAACCACCAAUACUACUCUGCUUCUGAUCUCAUUAUGACCUUGGUUCAAAAAUGGACAGAUGAGACGAGAGUUACGGCUUGCUUGAUGGUAUGGAGUUAAAGACCCUGUGCAAAAUUGGGUGAAGCAGCAAUGAGUGAAAACUUGCCACUAGUUGGAAAUUAGUUUUGGUUGUUGGAGGUUCAUCAACUGAGUCCAAGGUCAACACUAGAAGUCAGACUAGUGUCAGAUUCCAGUCAUCUGAUUUAUUAAUGAUUUGCCUUCAAUUGUCUGAUUCAAAGGCAUGAUGGGUUUUGAGGGUCAUGGCUCUCGAUACGUACCUUCCACUGGAAUGACAGCCAAAGAGCUGUGUGAAAAUGAUGAUCUAGCAACAAGCUUAGUCCUUGAUCCUUACCUGGGUUUCCAGACACACAAAAUGAACACCAGGUAUGUCAGAUUUCGACCCAUAAAAGGAAGACAGGAAGACCUCAAAGAAGUAAUAGAAGAUUUCAAGAAGAAGGAGAAUCUGGAAAAAGCCUUCAAAGCAUUAACUACUGGAGAAUGGGCGCGACACUAUUUCCUCAACAAAAACAAAAGUCAAGAAAAGUUAUUUAAGGAGCAUGUUUUCAUUUAUCUGAGAAUGUUUGCAGCGGAAAGUGGAUUUGAACUUUUGCCUUGUAAUCGUUAUUCAUCGGAGAAAAAUGGAGCCAAGAUAGUUGCAACCAGGGAAUGGAAGAAGAAUGACAAGAUUGAGUUGUUGGUUGGCUGCAUUGCAGAGCUGUCAGAGAUGGAAGAAAACCUGCUUCUUCGACAUGGAGAAAAUGAUUUUAGUGUUAUGUUUUCUACAAGGAAGAACUGUGCACAGCUUUGGCUUGGACCUGCUGCGUUUAUUAACCACGACUGCAGGCCAAACUGUAAGUUUGUAUCAACUGGUCGGGAUACAGCUUGUGUGAAAGCAUUGAGAGAUAUUGAACCAGGGGAAGAAAUUUCCUGUUACUAUGGAGAUGGUUUCUUUGGGGAAAAUAAUGAAUUCUGUGAAUGUUACACUUGUGAAAGGCGUGGGCAGGGUGCAUUUCGAUCAAAACCUGGACUCCCUGAUCCUGUGCCAGUUAUAAAUAGCAAGUAUGGACUUCGCGAAACAGACAAGCGUUUGAACAGAUUGAAAAAGUUGGGUGAUAAUGGAAAGAAUUCUGAUAACCAAUCUGUGAGCUCAAACACUGAUGCAGAAAUUACUCAGGAAAAAGCUGCAACUAGAAAAUCUAUGAAUUUGAAAAAGGAUAGCAAAAGCAGGACAAGGCAAAAUCUACCCAGAACAUCAACUGCCUCUGGCUCUACCUCAUCCUCUUCAAAACUAUGUUCUGUAGGUAAUUCCAAGGUACCAAAGAAACUGAAAACCUCAAGGCCGGUUAGGUCAUUGGCCUCAAAAUCGAGGUUAAGAAGUGAAUCUAGAAGGUCAGAACAAAAGACCACUUUUAGAAAUCUUGAAAUGGACAAUUUCGUUCUCAAGGAACCUAAAGUAGUUCUUUAUAAGAAUUUGCCACUUGAAAAGGACAAAGAUUUGGAGGGGCCAGCAAAAGUUGAAAGUUCGGGUAAGUGUCUGACCAGGCAUUCUGUUCGAGAAAAUAAAAUGAAUUCUGUAAAAGAAUUGCAUAAACUUUCCCGCAUCAGAAACGGAGCAGUACCUUGUACUUACAUGACCCGUCGGGCAAAAAGAACAAAACUUGCCCUUAAGGAGUCCUUUGAUGUUGUUUCUUCAUUGGAGCUUGAACCAAAUACUGUGGACAGUGUAAAUCUUUGCGGCGAAGAAAGUGAACAUAUUGACUCCAUUCAACGUGUCUGUGAUGGUGCUCAUGUAAAUACAUUGAUCCAAGAAUCAUUAUCUGAUAAAGGGACGAAUUGUCAAAAUAAUGGCAUAUGUUUGAGCAGAAGGAGGUUACAACAUGGAAAACGAGAAAAAAUUCCUGCACAACUAGAUGAAUGUGAGCACGUGCUAUCUUGUUCUGUAAAACAGAAUAUAAAGGAUGAAUCUAUACCAGAAUUGAUAAGCCCUCCCCCAAUUCGCAAUCUUAAUGGGAAUGAUAAAGUCAAUUUAGUGGAUAUGACUGGUGUAUACAGAGACUAUAUUGGUUCAUCAAAUUGUGGCACUUCAGACUCUUUUAUGGUUUCUCACAAAACAAAAAGUUCAGAAUCUCAUAAAAUGAAAGAUUCCAGGACAACAGGUGAAAGAAACAGAAAAAAACGGCGAAUCACAAGAUAUGAUGCACAAUUGAUACUUGAAAACAGUACUGGGAUUCCCAAAUUGACUUUGCGCAGAAGACGUGACAGCAGUAGUAGUAAAACUAAUGACCAAGAAAUGGAUGGAAAGAAAUCCAAGAUUAGUAUCAAACUGAGCAAAGACCAUGAAAAUGACAAAAGUAACAAUUAUGUAGCAAAGCUCAGUAAUGGGUUUACCACAGGCUCAGGAAAUAGUUCUACAAAACUCAAAAUACAGCUGAAACGGGAGGAACAGAUUAAAGGAAUUAAGCGAUCACACUCCCUCAUGGAAGAUCUCUGUGAUAGUGGUGUGUGUUGUGAUGAUUCUGUUUUUGUGAGGGCAAAUGGAGAAGUGGAUGAACACAGACAACGCAGAUAUGAGGACGAUGAUGAGGAAGAUGAUUCAUCAUCUUCUUCAUCCUCAUCAUCGUCCUCUUCUUCCUCAUCAUCUGAGGAGGAUUAUGAUGAUGAAUUUGAAGAUGACUUUAUUCCACUUCCUCAGGCAAAAAGACUAAGACUGAUAGUUGGUAAAGACUCCAUAGAUAUAGAUAUCUCUUCAAGGAGAAGAGAAGAUCAGUCUUUAAGGCUUAAUGCAUAAAUCUUUUGGUUCUAUACUAACCACAGUGUACAGUACUUUCCAAUCAAUUCCAAGUUUGAAUGAACUUACUGUAAAUUUUGAUGGCACUUCUGUAUUCAUUAUCAACAUAAAUAUUGUAGAAUAUUGUACAUUAUAUUGACUCUUGAUUUUUUGCAGAUUUUUAUUGUACUAUUAAUAGCCUUACCAUGUGCAAUUGAGUUUUGGAGGGUGAUGACUCUCUGUGGUAGAAUUAAGGUAUAAAACAGAAUUGUUGUACAUAAAGACCAGGUUUUCUUUUCAUUUUUUUUCUCCUCUUGAGCCUCAAUAUUUUGAAACACAAUUAUGGUGGAUAUUUUAAUUUUUUUAAACUGAGCGUUAAUUUGCUCUCCAGUAUGAAUGAAGGUUAAAGAAUACGAUUGAUAGUGGCAGCAAGUACAAACAUUGGAUUUAUACUAGCUGUUCUUAUCACCAGCAAGGAAUUGCAGCUUUUAGGCUCGUUUGCUAGGUGUUUUUCCCCAGGUUAUGUCAGUUUUACACUGUAUGCUGUCCCAGAUGUACUGUUUGUGGCCUUUGUCAGUAGCCAGCUAUUGUUUGGAAGUUUAAAUAAAUGGAGUUGUUUAAAUAAAAUAAGUGUGAGCUAUUUGCUGACCUUGUAAAACAGAGCAAUGUGUGCAGGGUAUAAUACUUAUACUUUACAGCAUAAAAGUGUGAAUCUAGUUUAAUGGCACCUGUAUAUGUAAUAUACUCUGGCUGAAUGUACUCACCUUUGACUGUUAAUGAUGCAAAAUGAUAUUUGUAGGUAUCCUGGAAAAAAACUGGUCAUGUGUUUAUUUUUUAAAAAUACAUCUUUUUUGUAAUGAAUUGGUAUUAAAGUCAUAAAAUCUGAAUUUAAAUUUAAA